AUUAAAAUAAUUUAAUAAAAAAAAAAGAAAUUAUAGAAUUUGAUGAUUAUUAUGAUAAUUUCUAAUAAUUGAAAGUUUAUCGAAAAUAACAGUAAAUACACGAUAUUCAUGUCGAUGUUCAAUUAAUUCGUGUUACAUUAAAUAAUAAUUUAAAAAAACAUAUGGACGAUUCUCGUAUACAAAAAAUAAUUCCAUUAGAGGGAUAUAUUAUAAAAAUACAUAAUAUUCUCGAUACUAUGAAAUCUUUGGAGGAAAGUCUCAUGAUUACACGUAAUUUAGAAACGGAACAAUGGUUACGAUAUUCAAAUUUGAAAACGAAAAAUAAAAUAAUAAUAGAUGAUCUUCGAAAAGCGAAUAAACGCAAUAAAAAUAUGCUCAAUUUAUUUCGACAGAGUGUUACGGAUAUUCGUCUUGGAAACGACAUUGUACUGCCAGAAUCUCUGAAGAAGGAAGUGCAAAGAACAUGGCAUCAAAAAUAUGAUGCUUUAUUAAUGCAGAACGAACAAUUAAAACAAGAACUCAAUUCCCAGAAUUCUUUUCUUAAAGAAAAAACAUACGAGAUCAAUAAUCUUCAACAAAGAUUAUUAACACUUGGUGAAAGACUUGUCGAACGAAACGAAGCUGUAGAAAAUAUUUGUAAAAAGUACUUGUUCUUGAAAAAAAGGAAGGAUGAACAAGAAAUUUUGUUACGUGGCUCUAUAAAAACGUUGCAGGAUGCAUUGAAAAAAGCAAGAAGUGAAGGUUUGAAAAAAAAUUCUGGAAUAUCUAUGAUGCUUAACAAAGAUGCAUUAUUAGCUCAAGAAACUCGACGUAAUGAUCGUUUGGCUCGUGAAAAUUCUUUUUUAAGAAUUCUUCUUCAGAAAGCUAGACAUGGAUGCAAAACAAGUGAAAAUAGCAGCACUAUUUCUUUCGAGUAAUUGACUUUAUUUAAGAUUUGCAGAAUUUUAGCCGGUUAAGAAGAAGAUCGUAUAAGUCGUGUCUGCCGAUACAAGGACAAUGUUUAAGAAUAUCGGAAUUAUGCAACUAAAGGUAAUAACCGGAUAAAAGAGUUAUGUUAAAUCAAGUUAACGACGAU